GAGAGAGAGAGAGAGAAAGAAAGAGAGUGAGUGAGAGAAGAGGGGUAAGUAGGUAAAGGGCAAAAGAGCGAGGAGAGAAAGAGAGAGAGAGAGCAGUCGUCUCGCAGCCGAGUUGAGGUGGUGGAAAGAGAGAGUGGUGAACGCAGCAGCAGCAGCAGCACGUACGUGGAAGAGGGAAAAGAAGAAGAAGAAGAGGAAAAGGAGGAAGAGGAGGAGAAAAAGGAGCUUAUCGAAAGGGGUAAGGGGGUGGAAGGAAGGAAAGAGUGAUAGCGCGAAAAUAGUGGAAAGGAAAUUUCUUGUGGUUGAUAGAGUCGACGGUGCACGAGGAGGAGAUAGAGGAGGAGGUGGAGGAAGAGGAGGAAGAAGAAGGGGUGGAAAAAGAGGAAGAAGUGGUGGCGGGAGAGAAAAAGAAAGGACAGCAGCGGUGGAAGAGGAAGAAGGCGACGAUAGCCGCCGCGUGGCUUCAGGGGACGACGAAAUUAUGAAGCGUAUAAAGUGCGUGCGAUCGGCCAUCAUAGUAACAGUUGGCCGGUGAAUGUGUGAUCCGGGGGCAGCAGAGAUCCGCCGGAAUGACGAGCGUAGAGACGCCGACCGAGCAGCCCCCGGUAGAUGACUGCCUAAAGGAGCGAAAAUGGUGGUGCUUCUUGCUGUCGAGCAUCUUCACGUUCCUCGCCGGGCUGCUUAUCGUCCUCCUCUGGCGCGCGUUCGCCUUCCUUUGCUGCCGAAAAGAGCCCGAAUUCGCCCCAAAUGACCCGAAGCAGAAGGAGCAUAAAUCGAACCGCCAUGGAAAGGAGUUCGAGGGAACUUUUAUGACUGAGGCCAAAGAUUGGGCCGGCGAGCUGAUUUCCGGACAGACCACCACUGGACGUAUUCUUGUGGUGCUAGUUUUCAUUCUCAGUAUAGCAUCGCUUAUAAUAUACUUCAUCGAUGCCUCCACUGAGGAGGUGGAACGUUGCCAGAAAUGGAGCAGCAAUUUUACUCAGCAGAUAGACUUAGCUUUCAAUAUAUUUUUUAUGGUCUACUUUUUUAUACGCUUUAUCGCCGCCAGUGACAAGCUGUGGUUCAUGCUGGAGAUGUACUCGUUUGUGGAUUACUUUACGAUACCACCGUCCUUCGUAUCGAUAUAUCUCGAUCGGACGUGGAUCGGACUGAGAUUCCUCCGAGCCCUACGAUUGAUGACGGUCCCUGACAUCCUCCAGUACCUCAACAUUCUAAAGACAUCGAGUUCCAUUCGCCUCGCCCAACUCGUAUCCAUCUUCAUCUCCGUCUGGUUGACCGCUGCUGGCAUCAUUCAUUUGCUUGAAAACUCAGGGGAUCCAUUCGAGUUCAUAAAUCCGCAACAGCUUUCGUACUGGACCUGCGUGUAUUUUCUAAUCGUGACAAUGUCCACGGUAGGAUAUGGCGACGUUUACUGCCAGACGGUCCUCGGCCGCACAUUCCUAGUAUUUUUUCUACUCGUCGGUUUGGCGGUGUUCGCCAGCUGGAUCCCAGAGAUCACGGAGCUCGCCGCGAACCGCUGCAAGUACGGUGGCCAGUACAAACGCGAACGUGGACGCAGACAUAUUGUCGUGUGUGGUCAUAUCACCUACGAAUCGGUCUCGCACUUUCUCAAGGACUUCUUACACGAGGAUCGCGAGGACGUCGAUGUAGAAGUUGUCUUCUUACAUAGGAAGCCACCAGAUCUCGAGCUGGAAGGAUUGUUCAAGCGACACUUCACCACCGUGGAGUUCUUUCAGGGGACCAUCAUGAACCCCAUUGACCUACAUCGGGUCAAGGUCCACGAUGCGGACGCGUGUUUGGUUUUGGCAAAUAAGUAUUGUCAGGACCCGGACGCCGAGGACGCGGCCAACAUCAUGCGCGUCAUCUCCAUCAAGAACUAUUCGGAUGACAUUCGUGUUAUUAUACAGCUAAUGCAGUAUCACAACAAGGCCUAUUUACUAAACAUUCCAUCGUGGGAUUGGAAGCAGGGCGACGAUGUAAUUUGCCUGGCCGAAUUGAAGUUAGGAUUUAUCGCGCAGUCCUGCCUGGCACCAGGAUUCAGCACAAUGAUGGCUAAUCUCUUCGCCAUGCGAUCCUUCAAGACGAAAUGGUCGGUUGAUUGGUACCAGUCGCCCAAUAUACAGGCUUGGCAGAAUGACUACCUACGUGGAACUGGAAUGGAGAUGUACACCGAGACACUGAGCCCUACCUUCAUUGGAAUGCCUUUUGCGAGAGCAACUGAGUUGUGCUUCACAAAACUGAAGCUGCUCCUGUUGGCGAUUGAGAUCAAGGGCGAAGGAGGUGUCGACAGUAAAAUUUCGAUCAAUCCACGUGGUGCCAAAAUCGCUGCAAAUACUCAGGGAUUCUUUAUCGCUCAAUCCGCGGACGAAGUCAAGCGGGCGUGGUUCUAUUGCAAAGCAUGCCACGAUGAAAUUAAAGACGAGACACUAAUCAAGAAAUGCAAGUGCAAAAACUUGGGGCAGCAGCAACGCUCCUGGGGCCGGGACUUAGAUGUGGGGAUGAUGAUGAUGCAGACUGGCAUGGUGAAAGGAAACACUGCCUACAGCAGUUACUUAGAUGACGACCACCAUCCUCCCCCCACAUUCACUCCGCCAGAACUGCCCAAGAUGGUUCACCUGAGAGGUGAGAUUAAUCGUGAACGAGAAGAUCCUAACGCUAUGAGGAAUCAUCGAAAUUCUGUCGGAAUGACUAUGAUGAAUUCGACGAAGCAAGUGAACAAAGUGAAACCGAAUGUCAAUCGAGCUACGAAUGAUAGUUUGUCGAGUCCCAAUCAGCCUUAUAAUCAGAGAUCACAAGAAGAAUCCGCGUACGCUGGCUACCAUCUUGCCUACGAAGUGAAAAAACUUAUGCCAACGAGUAGAGCCUCGGGUGGUACUAACGUAAACAACAACGGUGGUCUUCAAGUUGGUAUCGCCGACGAUCAGGCAAAAGAUUUCGACUUUGAGAAGACCGAAAUGAAAUACGACUCAACGGGCAUGUUCCAUUGGAGUCCAUCCCGUAACCUCGAAGACUGCAUAUUAGAUCGUAAUCAGGCGGCUAUGACAGUUCUAAAUGGACACGUCGUUGUCUGCCUGUUUGCCGAUCCCGACUCGCCUCUUAUCGGGUUGAGAAACCUUGUUAUGCCAUUACGAGCUUCCAAUUUCCAUUACCACGAGCUUAAACACGUAGUGAUAGUUGGGUCUGUGGACUACAUCCGCCGCGAAUGGAAAAUGUUACAGAACCUACCAAAAAUAUCGGUGUUGAAUGGUUCACCGUUGAGCAGAGCUGAUUUGCGCGCAGUAAACGUGAAUCUAUGCGACAUGUGUUGCAUCCUGUCGGCAAAAGUGCCUAGCAACGAUGACCCCACCCUCGCCGACAAGGAAGCCAUCCUCGCAUCCCUUAAUAUAAAGGCCAUGACGUUCGACGAUACGAUCGGCGUGUUAAGUCAAGCAAAUAAUGAGCAAGGUAAUUUGACCACAGUUGGCAGCCCGAUUGUUCUACAGCGACGAGGAUCCGUUUACGGGGCAAACGUGCCAAUGAUCACAGAACUCGUAAACGACAGCAACGUACAGUUCCUUGAUCAGGAUGAUGACGAUGACCCAGACACGGAACUCUACCUCACACAACCGUUCGCUUGCGGUACCGCUUUCGCUGUGAGCGUAUUGGAUUCGCUCAUGUCGACGACGUACUUCAAUCAAAACGCGCUUACUCUGAUACGUUCUUUGAUAACCGGUGGAGCAACGCCCGAAUUGGAAUUAAUUUUGGCAGAAGGUGCCGGUUUGAGAGGGGGUUACAGCACCGCGGACAGUUUAGCCAAUAGAGAUCGAUGUAGAGUCGGUCAAAUCGCAUUGUACGAUGGGCCAUUAGCUCAGUACGGCGAAGGAGGCAAGUACGGUGACCUCUUUGUCGCAGCAUUAAAAUCGUAUGGAAUGCUGUGCAUUGGUCUGUACAGGUACAGGUUUCGAGAUACAAGUUCGUCGUGCGAUGCUUCGUCGAAAAGAUACGUCAUUACAAAUCCACCGGAUGAUUUCACACUCUUACCUACAGAUCAGGUUUUCGUGCUGAUGCAGUUCGAUCCAGGUCUAGAAUACAGACCGAGCAGAGGUGCCCGUGGCAAAGAUGACGCCUCCUGACUGUUGCUGUGUAGCGCCCUCACCGACGGACCUUAUUCCUACAUCUAAUUCACGCGUCUAAGGUCAUCAUGCUGUCCAUCAUUCCUGAACUCAUCCGGUCUUCUUCGUCGUUCGAGAAAGCAGAUGAAAUAAUCACGCGUCCAUCAUCGAGCCUAUGCGAGCCCCGUCCAUUGAAAAAAAAUACAAACGAGCAAAUAAGAAAAACAAAUUAUACGAAGACGUCCGUUCUUCCUGUGCAAGUCAACAACGUCGUUAUCAGGAUUAUCAGCCAGCCACGCGAAUCCUUCCUUUUAUUUCUGUUUAUUUGUUUUAUUAUUUACGACCAAUCUAUGUAUCGAAUUUCAUAUUUCUCUCUUUUUAUUAUUCUCUCUCUCUUUCACUUUCUUUCUCUCUUUUUUUUUUCUUACUUUUUUAUUUUAUCACAAUUGUAUUUCCUUCACAAAAUUUCCAAGUAAUCCUUUAUUCUCGACAAUAACAAAUUUUGUGUACACCCAAUCGCGUGAACGUGAAGACGAAAAAAGAACGAACGAGAGUUUGUAAUAUUUACGAAGGAGAAAGGAUCGAGUGGAUGGAAAAAUGGUGGAGGAGUCUAAACUAGUGGGAUGAUAGGAAAAUGAAAUAAAAAGAUGAAGGGAAGAAGAAAAAUAAAAAAAAAAGAAGAAUCGAGAGGAAUGUUGGAAGUGGCAUGGUGAAACAUGGUCCGAGGGUAGCUACACGUGGUGCUCUCAAGAAUCAAGAAGUUGUCUUAUUCGCAGAAAGGACAACUACUUAAGAAAAAAAAAAAAUAAUAAUAAUAACGCAAAGGACUGAUCGGCUUAUCGCAGAGACAAAAUGUGUGAUCGAGUCACCCCCUCCCAUUGCCCCUAUACAAUAAUUAAAAAAGCUCGAGAGAGGAGCGUAUAUGUAUAAUAAAAUUAAGGUGCAAUCAUGGCAAGGAAGCAAGCAAACAAACAACAACAACAAGAACAAAACAACGUGAUAAUGGAGAAGGUACAAAAUAAAAAACAGGUGGGAGGAUCGACGUUUCACCAACUCGCGGAGCCUUUUCCGUUAGCCAAACGUUACUGUUUGAUAAUUUGCAGUGAUUAAACAUAAAAAGAAAAAAAAUAGAACAAAGAAGAGGAAGAAAACAAAUUAUUACAAACAAAAGGAUAAAAAACAAAACAACGCAAGAGCGGAUAAGAAAUCAACGCCUCCGUGUGAUUCAUUCGAAGAUUAUCUAAUAAUUUAUCGUAGAAUUUAAAAAGAGACGAGAGAUAAGAAAUGGAGACAGAGUGAGAGAGAAAAAAAAUAGUCGUGUUUCGUUUGUAAAAUAAGAAAAAAAAGUCUUGAAGAGGAAAAUGAAAAAAGUGAGAAGAAAUAAGAAAAAGAAUGGUGGAAAGACGAAGAAAUGUUCAAAAGCAAUUCGUCGAGAUUAAUUAAAUGGAAUUUAAUUGUCCCACGUUCGCAUCAUCUCUUUCUUUUUCUCACCCUCACUUUUUUUCUACUCUUUACUCACUUUUUUUCUCUCUCUCUCUCUCUCUCUCUCUCUCUCCUUCUCUUUCUCUCGUCUCUAAACCUAACUCUUUUCGUACCUUGAUGUAAAAAAGAGAAAUUGCAAAUGCAAGAAGAAGUGGAGACGUGAACAAAAGACAAAUAGAAUAAAUAAGUAAAAGAGGCGAAAAUAUUAUUAAAAAAAAAAAAAAGAAUAAAAACAAUAAAAAAAAACAAAAAAAAACAGGUAUUAUUAUAAAAACAAAAAGACAAAUGAUUUAAAUCGAUAGAAAGUGCAUCGAAGAAGAGGCCAAAAGAAAAUGGAAACGAAAUGAAUGGAGGGGAUGAAGGAAUGAGAAGGGAAAAAGGAUGAAAAUAGGUGACAAAGAUAAAAUAUGACAAAAAUGUUACAAACAUGAAAAAAAAAGACAAAAAUAACUGGAGGAAAAGAAAGAAUGGGAGAGAGUACCAAAAUGGCUGAGUA